UCCCGGCUGUGUCACCUGUUCCUCUCCGCGCGUGAGGUGAGUGUUUCCCGGCUCCCAGGUGGAGAGGAGGAGGGGACAAAGCUGUCAGCAGCAUUCCCCUCCCCACACCUCCCUGUCGUGGACGCAGUGAGCAUCUGCUCUCCCCAUCCCCGACAGACCUUCCGGGAGAGCCUGAGGUGGAAGGGGACACGAGUUGCGGGUUCCUCUGCCCAGACCUUCAUUUGACCCCUUUCCUGAGUUGGCAUCAACCCCUGCAACCUGUGAGCCCGGGGAACACAAGCCGAUCCAUGCAUCUGGGAAGAGUGACGACUUUUUGUGCCUUAGGACUGUCUCUGAGACAAGAUCUCAAGUAGAAGGAUUAAUCUCCUGAUAAAGCCCAGAAUGGCUGCAGCCAUAGAACCUGAAGAACAAAAAGAACUUUUUAUAGUUAAUUCAGAGAACCAGUAUUGGGGACAGGACUCCAUCUCACAAGAGUACAGUCCUUAUAGGAGGGAACUCUUCAGGCAGCACUUCAGGAAACUCUGCUAUCAGGAUGUACCUGGACCCCGGGAAGCUCUUACCCAGCUCUGGGAGCUUUGCUGCCAGUGGCUGAGGCCAGAAUGCCACACCAAGGAGGAGAUUUUGAACCUGCUUGUCCUGGAACAGUUCCUGAGCAUUCUUCCUAGGCACCUGCAAGCAUGGGUGCAUGCACACCAUCCAGAGACUGGUGAGGAGGCAGUGACUGUGCUGGAGGAUCUGGAAAGAGAGCUUGAUGAGCCCCGAAAGCAGCUCCCAGCGGAUUCAGAAAGAAAGGAAAUACUCUUGCACAAACUGACUCCCUUGGGAAGGCCAUAUGAGUCACUGACCAUUCAACUCCAUUCAAAGAAGACCCCACUGGAGCAAGAAUCUGGGAAUGGUAAUAUAAACAGGACUGAGAAUGAGGAGUCAUCACAGAAGGAAGAUAGGCCCAAAGAUACGCAAUUCUUUGAGGAGAUAAACAACAGACUUAGCAAAGAUUUUCCUCAGCAUCCUGAAUUCAAAGAGGAGAUAUUAGCAUGGCAACAGAGAGAAAGAAGACGAUAUAAGUGUAAUGAAUGUGGAAAAAGUUUCCGUCAUAGCUCAGACCUUAGUAAACACAGGAGAAUUCACACUGGUGAAAAGCCCUAUAAAUGUGAUGAAUGUGGAAAAGCCUUCAUUCAGCGCUCACAUCUCAUUGGACACCAUAGAGUACACACUGGAGUGAAACCCUAUAAAUGUAAAGAAUGUGGGAAAGGUUUCAGUGGGCGCUCAGGUCUUAUCCAGCAUCAAAGAAUCCACACUGGUGAAAAACCCUAUGAAUGUGAUGAGUGUGGAAGGCUCUUCCGUGUAAGUUCAACUCUUAUUAGACAUCAAAGAAUUCAUAUAGCAAAUAAGCUCUACUAAAAAGGCAAAAAUAGCAAGUGUUCUUUAAUGCCUAAUUAGUUGUCAGAGAAUCUACCUUAAAGACAUUAUAAGUUUCCAUAAUAUAGGCAAAGCUUCAAUUGCAUUAAAAAUUUCUCUAGCACUGAGUAAAAUACCAUUUUAUUUCUAAGUUCAGUUUUUUGGGGGGAGGAAUCAAGAGUUAUUUCAGAAAGCCUUGUCCAUUGACGGCACUACUCACUUGUAACCCAAGACUGAUGUUUCCUGAUUGAAAGUGAAUUUUGCCUCUCUGCUCUAGUUCCUUUUCACUUGACUGUUAGGUAAGACAUUUAAAUUGUUCUCUGUCUUCAUUUCCCCUAGAUAAUAGAGGCCCACUAGCUAUG